GGACGGUUGAAGCAAUUCCAGAACAACACAAUUAUUCAUUACAGCUGAACGUGGCCAUUUGUUCUUUCUUUGAGAGGGAGGGGGUGUUGAAGAUACUGUUUGUUUCUUAUAUUUGAAUUAGUAUUGUUCAGUGUGUAUUUGGUAGCAUGUUUUACGGAGUUGUAUUGUAACUGACCAAAAUAUCAUGGCUUGCGUGGCAAACGAGCCUGCUGGUUGGAAGACAAGUUACGAACCAACUCAACUAGCAGAUAAUGAGUGCAGCACCCCUCAACUUGAAGUUUGUACUAUAAGGUUUUUGUUAUUGGAUGGUAACGACUUUCGUGUUGCUUUCCCACCAAACACUACAGUGUUGCAGUUGAAAGAAAGGGUUCUUGAAGACCGACCACAAGCUUUUCUUUCAUUUUUAGAACACAAUAGACUGCCUUCUCCAUUGUAUCCCUCAGAUAUUCGUUUGUUUUACUUUGGAAAAGAUAUGGAAGAAGAAAAGACCCUUCAAGAUUAUGGAAUUUCACCUCAAGAAGUCUCCACUAUUCAUUUCGUUGUUCGAAUGAGAACACAUCAAGUUGUUCAAUCCGAAAAGGAUGAAGUGAAAAAACAACGAGCUUGUGCGUCUUGUGUAAUAUGUUGAAUGGUGGUGGAGUUGGGAAACUGUUGUUGUCGCAUUUAUUUAUCAUUUCAUAUGGCGGUUAGGUGAAGAAAAGGUUGAUAGUCUUGUCGAUGACGAACAUCUUUCGUUGUAGAUAUUCCCGAAUUAUUCUUAUGACAC